GCCUGACCCUCCUCCCACUCUCAGGCUCCCCCCUCCCGCCGCCGUUGCGUCUCUGCCGCCCGGCCGCCUCUGCAGUUCGCAGGGCCCAAUCAAAGUUUGAUUGGGGAGGUUCGCGGAGGAAGAAAGGUUGGGUUUUUGGUUUGGGGUUUCCUUAUCCUGGUUUAGGAAUCCCUGGCUCCUUUCUGUGCGGUGAUCUCGGUCGAGUCUUUGGACUUAGGAUUUGGAGUUCUUCUGCUGCCAUUCUUGGCGGCUCCGUGGUUGGACCGGACCUUCCAUUAAUGGUCCCUGCAAAUAUCCCCAAGAAUUCAGAGCGGCCGAAACAGUUCUUCAGUGGGAGAAGAGAGGUUUCCUGUGGAGAUUUGUUUGCAAGAUUAGUACCUGCUUGAUGAGCCAAAAGCUCUAAUAUUUCUAUUGGUGUAAGAACCGAAGGUGGAGGUGUUGAUGCCAAGAUUUGAAGCUGAACUUUGAGUUUCAGUUUGGUUGAUGCAAAGACUUGAAGUGGAGGACUUGUUUCUUGGGGCCAUUGUUUCUGUGAGGAUUUGAGAGCUGUGGCAAAAAGAGAUCGAUGGCGUCGCUAUCCGAGAAUGAGGCGACAAAUAGGGGGAGCAUGUGGGAACUAGAUCAGAACCUUGAUCAGCCCAUGGACGAGGAAGCAACCAGACUGAAGAAUAUGUACAGAGAAAAGAAAUUUUCAUCAGCUCUGUUACUGCGCCUCGCAUUUCAGAGCCUUGGGGUGGUCUUUGGUGACUUGGGAACAUCACCCUUGUAUGUGUUCUAUAAUGCCUUUCCUCGUGGAGUAGACGAAGAUGAGGAUGUUAUUGGAGCUCUUUCCUUGAUCAUUUACACCCUUACUCUGAUCCCUCUUCUGAAGUAUGUUUUUAUUGUCUUGCGGGCAAAUGAUAAUGGUCAAGGUGGUACAUUUGCUCUUUAUUCACUACUCUGCCGUCAUGCAAAGAUCAGCACUAUACCCAACCAACACAAGACUGAUGAGGACCUCACGACAUAUAGUAGGCAAACUUACGAGGAGAACUCAUUGGCAGCAAAAAUAAAGAAAUGGCUAGAGACACGUGCAUAUAAAAGAAACUGCCUUCUUAUUCUUGUUCUCCUUGGUACUUGCACAGCCAUUGGAGAUGGGAUCCUUACUCCUGCUAUAUCAGUUCUUUCUGCAUCAGGUGGAAUAAAAGUUCAAAAUCCGCACAUGAGCACAGAUAUUGUUGUACUUGUUGCCGUGAUCAUCUUAAUUGGAAUAUUUAGCAUGCAGCACUAUGGUACAGACAAAGUUGGAUGGUUGUUUGCGCCAAUAGUGCUCAUCUGGUUCAUUUUAAUUGGAAGUGUUGGAGCACUGAACAUACACAAGUAUGGUAGCUCUGUGCUAAAAGCAUACAAUCCAGUCUAUAUAUACCGAUUUUUCCGAAGGCGAGGGAAUUCUUCUGAGAGCUGGACUGUUCUUGGAGGAAUCAUGCUUAGCAUCACAGGAACUGAAGCAUUAUAUGCGGAUCUAUGUCAUUUUCCCGUAUUGGCCAUUCAGAUUGCUUUCACCUUCAUUGUAUUCCCAUGCCUUCUACUGGCAUACACAGGGCAGGCAGCUUAUAUAAUUUCCAACAAGCAACAUGUGAAUGAUGCCUUUUAUCGCUCCCUUCCAGAUGCCAUAUACUGGCCAGCCUUUGUUAUAGCAACUGCUUCAGCCAUAGUUGCAAGUCAAGCCACCAUAUCUGCUACGUACUCAAUAAUAAAGCAAGCUCUUGCACUAGGCUGUUUUCCCCGUGUGAAGAUAGUCCACACCUCAAAGAAAUUCCUUGGGCAGAUUUACAUCCCUGACAUCAAUUGGCUCCUCCUGAUUCUUUGUAUUGCUGUGACUGCUGGAUUCAAGAACCAGAGCCAAAUAGGAAAUGCGUAUGGCACUGCAGUGGUUAUAGUUAUGCUAGUGACCACGUUCCUCAUGGUACCAGUAAUGCUGCUGGUGUGGAAGAGUCACUGGAUCCUUGUCGUUACCUUUAUUGUGCUCUCGUUGAUGGUAGAGCUGCCCUACUUCUCGGCUUGCAUAUUAAAGAUCGACCAAGGCGGUUGGGUUCCACUUGUCAUUGCAAUAGCUUUCUUCACCAUCAUGUAUGUGUGGCAUUACUGCACCGUGAAGCGGUAUGAAUUUGAGAUGCACAGCAAGGUCUCGAUGGCCUGGAUUCUUGGCCUUGGUCCGAGCCUUGGUCUUGUCAGGGUUCCAGGGAUAGGCUUUGUGUACACCGAGCUCGCAAGUGGCGUUCCUCACAUCUUCUCCCACUUUAUCACCAACCUACCUGCUAUCCACUCGGUUGUUGUCUUUGUGUGUGUCAAGUAUCUUCCGGUCUACACUGUCCCGUUGGAGGAGCGGUUCCUUGUUAGGAGGAUUGGCCCUAAGAACUUCCAUAUAUUCCGUUGUAUCGCAAGGUAUGGGUAUAAAGACCUCCACAAAAAAGAUGACGACUUUGAGAAAAUGCUCUUUGACUGCCUGGCAUUAUUCAUCCGACUCGAGAGCAUGAUGGAGGGUUAUUCUGAUUCAGAUGAGUUCAGUGUGCCAGAGCAGAGGACAAUCAGUGAUACAUUUCAGGCAGAAAAAACUAUCAACACAAUGUGCUCCAAUGGUGACCUGAGCUACUCAUCACAGGAUUCCAUUGUGCCGGUGCAGUCGCCCCUCGGGGUGAACAAUCUGCUGACGUACUCAAGCCAUGCCAGCCAAGCAGUUGGCAAUGAACUGGAGUUCUUGAACCGGUGCAGGGACGCUGGUGUUGUCCACAUUCUAGGGAACACCAUUGUGCGCGCACGGAGAGAUUCAGGGGUCGUCAAGAAGCUAGCUGUAGAUUACAUGUAUGCUUUCAUGAGGAGGGUCUGCAGGGAGAACAGCGUGAUUUUCAACAUUCCUCAUGAGAGCCUUCUUAAUGUUGGUCAAAUAUACUACAUCUGAACCAUCUGUUUUCUGUUCGAUUUGUGUUGGAUCUCAAGCAAGUAGCUCUGUUGCACUGCUUUCCAGAAUGGGGAGGGCAGAGUUUUAGGAUGAAACGAUAGGGACCUGUUGUAAACUGUAAAUAGGAACCAUAUCGUUCAUGGGUAUAAGUAGAGAUAGCUUAAAGUUUUGCUUUCUGUUCUGGCAGUGUUUAUGCAAAUGGUAGUCUUUCUGCUGUAACAUGUAAGAUCCAGAUGUUUCUUUGCCAUGAUAUAUAGACUAUAGCGAUGGUUAUGUCUGUCA